CAGUCCAGCAGCAGAACACGCUUGCAACUAACAGUGAAGAAGAGACGCACAAAGAGUUAGCGCUACGACUAAAAACACUUUAUUUUCGUUACAUAGAGCUAUGCAGAAUGAMAGCAUGUUUUAAUGUAAUGAUUAAACAUAACUUGGCUCGUUUAAUGUGACACUGAGCGGGAUUUUUAACGGAUGAACUGAACCUGCCUUUUUCUCCUUAGCUUAGCUGGCUAGCUUAGCUGGUGUCAAACCUUUUAACGUCCGUGUUCACCCAGGAACGACAACACGCUGAAGCUGCGCAGAAGCUACAACUGACUUGGGUUUUGUUUUAUAAACCAAACGGCGUGUGUUUGGGGGGGUCAACGGCUACAGCUUUUGAAUAAAACGCGUCAUAAGUCACCCUGCGAAACAAGGAAGUCUGAAUGAAACCUGCAUUGAGCUCGUUCCAAUUUUUUUGCACUUCGCGCGAGAUUUGACACUUCGAUGAGUUAAGUUUGUUUCUAUGAAAGUUCACCAGAACAGGGUGCUGGAAACUGGAUUUUCCGUGGAAAUAUCAGGCCGACCUGUCCACACUUUGACUCGUGUUCGUGGGGAAUAAAUUGGAGCCAACAUGAUUCCCGAUAAAGCCCCGCAGGAGAACGUCUUCCACUGCUCCGAGGACCUAAGGAAGGAGUCCCACRUCCCCAGCUUUGMGAAAUACAAGGAGCUCUACACCCGCUCCAUUGAGAAUCCAGAUGAGUUCUGGGCUGCCAUUGCUAAAGAUUUCUUCUGGAAGACCAAACACACCGGUCGCUUCCUGGACUACAACUUCGACGUGACCAAAGGAGAAAUCUUCGUUAAGUGCAUGGAAGGAGCCACCACCAACAUCUGCUACAACCUGCUGGACCGCAACGUCCACGAGAGGAAGCUCGGCGAUAAGAUCGCCUUCUUCUGGGAAGGCAAUGAACCCGGAGACGACUUGACCGUCACCUACAGAGAGCUGCUGCAGAAGGUCUGCCGGUUCGCUAAUGUCCUGAAAUCCCAGGGUAAGUCCCGUCUGCCCGCUAAUCCACCAACAUUUAGACAUCUGAUCUAUUUCUUCUGGAAGACCAAACACACCGGUCGCUUCCUGGACUACAACUUCGACGUGACCAAAGGAGAAAUCUUUGUUAAGUGCAUGGAAGGAGCCACCACCAACAUCUGCUACAACCUGCUGGACCGCAACUGUAACGCAGCCUCCUGCUGCGGUUUGCUGACGGUUUCCUCUCCGCAGGGCGUCCUGCACACGGUCAGCGGAUACCUGCUCUACGUCGCCACCACCUUCAAACUGGUGUUCGACCAUCAGCCCGACGACGUCUUCUGGUGCACGGCGGACAUCGGCUGGAUCACCGGCCACUCCUACAUCACGUACGGACCGCUGGCCAACGGCGCCACCAGCGUGUUGUUCGAGGGUUUGCCUACGUACCCCGACGUCAGCCGCAUGUGGCAGAUCGUGGACAAAUACCAGGUGACAAAGUUCUACACGGCGCCGACCGCCAUCAGGCUGCUGAUGAAGUACGGCAGCGACCCGGUGCAGAAGCACAAACGCAAAUCGCUGAAGGUUCUGGGGACGGUGGGCGAGCCCAUCAACCCGGAGGCGUGGCAGUGGUACCACGGCGUGGUGGGGGAGAAACGAUGCCCGAUCGUCGACACCUUCUGGCAGACUGAAACCGGCGGACACGUGCUGACUCCUCUGCCGGCGGCGACGCCCACGAAACCCGGAUCCGCUACGUUUCCGUUCUUCGGCGUGGUGCCGGCCAUCUUGAAUGAGUCUGGAGAAGAGCUGGAAGGGCCGAGUGAAGGAUACCUGGUGUUCAAGCAGCCGUGGCCCGGCGUGAUGCGCAGCGUUUACGGGAACCACGAGAGAUUCGAAGCCACGUACUUCAAGAAGUUCCCGGGAUAUUACGUCACGGGGGACGGUUGCCGUAGAGACAAGGAUGGAUACUACUGGAUAACGGGGAGGAUAGACGACAUGCUGAAUGUCUCAGGUCACCUGCUGAGCACGGCGGAGGUGGAGUCAGCCUUGGUGGAGCACAAGUCGGUGGCCGAAGCCGCCGUGGUGAGCCGCCCCCAUGCGGUGAAGGGAGAGAGCCUCUACUGCUUCGUCACGCUGAACGACGGCGUGGCGUUCAGCCAGGCGCUGGAGGCCGAGCUCAGGAAGCAAGUGAGGGAGAAGAUCGGCGCCAUUGCCACUCCAGAUUACAUCCAGAACGCGCCCGGACUUCCCAAAACCCGAUCCGGGAAGAUCAUGCGGCGGGUGCUUCGUAAAAUCGCCUGCGACGAGAAGGACAUGGGCGACAUUUCCACGCUCGCCGACUCGUCCGUCGUUGACGAGCUUUUCAGGAACCGAUGCCCCCCCGCGGUGUGACGACGCCCCCUGGAGGCUCACCACAGGAAGCGCAGAAGAAGAGCCGGCGCUGCUGGGAAAUAUUUCCUCCUGCUGAUGCGGCAGAACGCUGCGGCGGCGUAGCAGCCAGUAACGCAGCAACACCCCAAAGGUAGCAGCUCAGGGCGUUCAGAACCACCRGGGCGGCUUCUUCUUUAUUCCUGGUUUCUGCUAGAAAACAGUCGAGUUUCUCUAACGGUCCAGUCAAAUCCAAGCCAUAGAUACCCUGAUUAACGUUUUUAUCAAGCUUCAUCUGUUAUUCUACAAACAAAAAGUGUCUGUAACCAUUUUCCUCCCUGUUUGUUUUCAUUUGAACUGAAUUUAAUCAYAUUUUGUUGGGUGUUUCUGUGUGUGAGCAUGUUUCUACGUCUGUUGGCUGGCAGAAACUACACUGCAAAAACACAAAAAGCAGUUUUCUUUAAAUAAGAAAAACUUACAAGCAACUUUUCAGCUUAUUUCAG